ACCGGCCGCGAGAGCGAGCCGGCCGCCAGCUCGGCUGCCUGUGCUCGCCGGUGCCCCGCACCGAGACCGCCUCCCGGCUCUUGACCCGACCUCGCCCGCCCGCAGAAGCGGCGGCGGUGCUGGGGGCGGCUCCCGCCGACUGCAGCGCCGCCGCUGCCCGCGCGCUCGCACACUCCCGCAGCCCCGCCAGGGGCGUCCUCACUCACCUAGCGCCGGCCCGGGAGGUGUGCGGAGAGGACAAGCCGGGGCCUCCCUCCAGUGCGGAGCGCGAUCCGCGGGGCGCCGCGGAAGGAGGCGCGCGGGGCUGCGCGGCCGGGGACCGGCGCUGGGUGGCCCCAGGGCUUCGGACGCCGCCGUGUCCCCAGCGCCCCGGCCAGUCCUGCCGGGCGGCCUGCGGGGGCGGCGCAGUUGCGAAACUGAGUGCCUGUUCCUGGAGCCCUACUCUCCCUCCGGCCCAGACUGCCUCUCUUCCCACCUUAGGCCUCUGGCGCAACAAGGGUAAAAAAAUCAAAAGUACUAUUUCAGAGUUGUGCUACUUCUCAUACUGAACCGAUUGCCCACCGUGUAAAACGUCGUGGUGUGCAGACGGUACUAGUACUGAGUGAUUCCGCAUCUGCGUGCUUUGCCUCUCCCUGUUACCUGUGAAGGAAUCACUCUGUGACCUGGGAGCCUUGCCAUAGCCUUCUUCCCAAGACACAAGCCUGCCACCACCACCAAAAAAUACAUUUUGUUCUACUUGGUUCUAAGGAAGCUGCAGAUUCCUGACACCUACAGAUGUCAAAGAGGGGAGAUGAGCACGUGACGGUACUUUCUUCAGGCAUGUAAAGUCCGCUCGUUUCCAAGAGUUUGCUGAAACAAAACAGCUGACUACACAGACUGCCUUCUCCAUGUUUCCAUAGCCAGAGACAUGACCUGACACCUUUGAUGACCAGUCUCAGGGCCCUUGGGUGACUGACUGGCUGGUGCACCAUGGAACUUAAAGUAUGGGUGGAUGGCGUGCAGAGGAUCGUCUGCGGGGUCACCGAAGUCACGACUUGCCAGGAGGUUGUCAUAGCCUUAGCUCAAGCGAUAGGUCGAACUGGAAGGUACACUCUCAUAGAAAAAUGGAGAGAUACCGAAAGACAUUUGGCACCUCACGAAAACCCUAUCAUAUCCUUAAACAAGUGGGGGCAGUAUGCUAGUGAUGUACAGCUUAUUUUACGUCGAACAGGGCCAUCGCUCAGCGAGCGACCCACUUCAGAUAGUGUGGCUCGGAUUCCUGAGAGAACUUUAUACAGGCAGAGUUUGCCCCCUUUAGCCAAACUGAGGCCUCAGAUUGACAAAUCAAUCAAACGGAGAGAACCUAAACGGAAAUCAUUAACAUUUACAGGAGGUGCCAAAGGAUUAAUGGAAAUUUUUGGAAAAGGUAAAGAAACUGAAUUUAAGCAAAAGGUGCUGAAUAACUGCAAAACAACAGCAGAUGAAUUAAAGAAGCUGAUCCAUUUGCAGACAGAGAAGCUUCAAUCCAUUGAGAAAGAGCUAAAAUCAAAUGAAAUAGAAAUACGAUUUUGGGAGCAAAAAUAUAAUUCUAACCUUGAAGAGGAAAUUGUCCGCCUAGAGCAAAAGAUCAAAAGAAAUGAUGUAGAAAUUGAAGAAGAAGAAUUUUGGGAAAAUGAACUACAGAUUGAACAGGAAAAUGAAAAACAGCUGAAGGAUCAACUGCAAGAAAUAAGACAGAAGAUAACAGAAUGUGAGAGCAAAUUAAAGGACUAUUUGGCCCAGAUCCAGACUAUGGAAAGCGGUCUUGAGGCAGAAAAAUUGCAACGGGAAGUCCAGGAGGCACAAGUCAAUGAAGAAGAGGUUAAAGGAAAAAUUGGUAAGGUCAAAGGGGAAAUUGACAUUCAAGGCCAGCAGAGUCUGAGACUGGAAAAUGGUAUUAAAGCUGUGGAAAGAUCUCUUGGACAAGCCACCAAACGACUACAGGACAAAGAACAAGAACUGGAGCAGUUGACGAAAGAGCUGCGGCAAGUCAAUCUCCAGCAAUUUAUCCAGCAGACAGGGACAAAAGUGACCGUUCUGCCGGCAGAGCCCAUUGAAGUAGAGGCCUCGCAUGCAGACAUAGAAAGGGAGGCACCAUUCCAGUCUGGGUCCCUGAAGCGUCCUGGCUCGUCUCGGCAGCUCCCCAGUAAUCUUCGUAUUCUGCAGAAUCCCAUCUCAUCUGGUUUUAACCCUGAAGGCAUAUAUGUAUAACAUUACCUGUCUUUAGGGGAGGGACCCAAUAAAGGUACCAUGGACAGUGAAAAUUCUUUCUUUGAUUUGUGCCAAUGAUGAGCAGAGGAUCUAUUUCACAAGCCACCGUAUCUUUUUUCUGUCCUAAAUUGCAUACCACUUGGAGCCAUACCCUGUGCACUGAUGCUAAAGAACAAAGAAACUAUGUUUUCACACAUCAACAGUGUUGACAUGUUUAUCCAACAGCUGUAAUACAAAGCCUUCAUUUUUAUUUGUAGCAUUUUGAGAGCAUUAGAAAGUAUUAUACUGUAUGUAUACAUAAAUAAAACCGUGACUUAAAAGAA